AAAAUAUCGGACAUGGCUCAUGGAAUUCCUCCAGGAUGGGAGGUCAUGACGUCCCGGAGCAAAGGUCUCGAUUACUACUUCAACAAGAAGUCGGGAAAGCAGUACUGGGUGCACAAGGACCUUCCGCAGGGAUGGAGCAAGAUCAUCGAAGCCGAUCGACGAACGUAUUACUUUCACAUAUCGGACGAGAUGGGCACGAGGUCGUAUGAGAAGCCCGCUGCUGUCGCGUCGGCACCACUAUCCCCGCCACCACAACCACAUCAUAUUCAUGCCCCGAGUGUAAACGAAUCCACGAACCCUCAUUUUUCACACCCUCCACAGCGACGCGGAAGCAAUUCGCUGCACGACCUCCUCUCACCCGUUGCGGCGUCGGUGGCGUCUCCCGAGGAACAGUACCACCACACAGCACCACAGCGCGACAAAAGACCUCGAGAAGACGUUGAAUCCCCUCGUAGUGAGUCCAAGCAUAUUCGUCGCGAUGUUGCUUCCUGCGACCGGCGAUCGUCUCCUCCCCGAAACACACGCGAAAUGGAGCCUGCAUGGGCAACGUCCCGCCCGACGCCCGCUGAAUCUUCGACAUCCCGCAGCCUUGUCACCGAUGGGACGGACCAGGAGCAAGCGGCGCAAUUCUACAGCAAGUUGUCGCGGAAGAAAACGAGCGAUCGCGCUGACAGUCGGCUGUACCACAUGCGUUGCAUGAACAACUGGGUCAAGAGCGUCUUGAUCCAAGAGUACAGUCAGAAACAGAGUCGCGUUCUCGACUUGGCGUGCGGGAAGGGCGGAGAUAUGAACAAGUGGGCGCGGCACAACUUCCAAAUGUACAUGGGAGUUGACAUUGCGCUGGGAUCCCUCGAAGAUGCCGCGACCAGAAUCCAGCAGAACGCUGACUUGAGUCGCAGCGACAUCCACCUCGUACGUCUACCCCUUUGUCUUUCUCGACAGCGACGCAUGCGUGUGAAUGGGGACACCUCUAGGUUCAUGGGGAUUUGGGCGAAAUAUCGCUGCUCCAGGACGCGCUGCCGUGCUGGACGAACCAACAUCAGUGGCAUCGAGCGGUGCCGCUGGACCACCCGCACUCGUUCGAUGUGGUCUCGAUGCAGUUUGCGUUUCAUUACAUGUUUUGCGACGAGGCCCGCGCAACGCAGUUCUUUGUGACGCUGCACAGCACGCUCCGCCCCGGCGGAAUGUUCAUCGCGACGACCAUCGACCCGAAUCGCGUUAUCCAAAAGCUGAUGGCGACGGUUGGUGGCGAAGAGAUCGUCGAUGGCAAAGUCGUUGGACCCGCGCCGAUUCAGCUGCGCGACGGCAAGGACCGCGCACUGUGCACGAUUCGGAUGGACCCGUCGACGACGACAAGAUUGUUACGCCCGACGAAGGAUGACCGAGGGUUUGGCUUGAGGUAGGUACCUGCAUGACAACUGGAAACCUGCGAGGACGUGAUGAUUGUCGGGGUUGUAGGUACAUGUUUACGCUCAUUGACGGCGAUGACGAAGAAGCGGUCAACUUGCCAGAAUAUUUGAUCCCAUCGUCCCUACUCCAUCAGAUGCUCGACGAGCACGGGUUUGACCUCGUCCUUCAAGAGAACUUUCAAACGUUCAUCGGCCUCCACAAAGACUCGCACAAGUCAUUGCUGAUGAAGAUGAACGUGCUCAACUUUCAAGGAACGAUUAGCGACGUCGAGUGGGACAUUGCAGGACUGUACCAAGUCCUUGCGUUUAAGAAACGAGCAGCUUAACAUGACAAUGUUCCGAUUCGUCCCGCGCGUUCAUCUUCGUGCGCGUAGAAGACCUGUAGGUGGAGGGAAGAAGUCGGUGGUCAUCGUGCAGGGGCGAAGCAUCAUCACCAGGUUGGUCCACGUUGCUGCGUACGCCGUAAAGCGCUCAGCCUUCGUCCCGCGGAAGAUCAACGGUACAUUCAUGGGACGGGGGCACACAUAUCGGAUCUACCCAGCGCUGGAGUCCCGAAGGCAGCGUCCAUCCCGUCGAA